CACAAACAGCAGAAACGGUACUGCUUCGGCACCGCUGAGUUGACAUUUCAAACCAGCCAGCCAUCUAUACGUCUUUUUGUAUAAAAAAAGUUAUAUUCUUCAAUAGCUACCUAUUUUUCCUUCAUUGUUUUCGGAGAAGCUAUGUCCAGUCGGAGGAGUGAAGCCCUGGCUUUCUCGCUAGUGACGGGUAUAAACCAUGCCAUGGCCAGGCUGGUGGACAUCUGGGACAGCAUAGGCAUUAUGGAGGAGCAGAGGGUGGAGCGAAUGGAGACUGUGAAGAAACACAUUGAGGGCCUUUUGAAUGACAUGAUCAUAGAGGAGGAAGCCUUGAAGCACCGCAUCCGGGCCAAUAUAAUCACUUUUAAAAAACAGCUGGAGACCUUGUGCCUGGAAAUGUCAACGGAACCAUACAAAUUGGAGGAGGGCCUGACAGUCCUCCAGAUCGAGAAGAACCUCCGUCUGCGUGUGGACGUUCUGACCAAGGAGAAGGGGGAGCGUUUGAAGGAGCUACACGGACUGCAGCAGCAGGAUAAGGAACUGUGUGUGGAGCUGUGCAUCACGCCCUAUUACAUCCCCACUGGCAGCAUGCCAUCUCGCACACAGCUGCAGGAGCUCCGGGAGCACAUCCAGACCCUCAGCGAGGAAAAGAAGAGUCGUGCACAGGUGUUCUCAGGUCUGCGUGAGGACAUCAGGAAGUUGAUGGAGGAGAUGGGUCAUGAACCAGAGACUAGCCUGGAGAAAGAGUCUGUGUGCCACGACGAGGAGACAUUCCUGCUCACUAAUGAAAACAUCAAAGCCCUCAAACUGCUGCUCUCCCAGAUGGAAGUCAAGAAGGAAUCCCUGACGAAUACUCUAGCUGAGCUGAAAGAACGAGCCAUGUGCCUGUGGAAUCGUCUGGAAGCGCUGGAGCAAGACCACAAUGUGUUCCAAGAGAGUGUGCAGGGUACCCUUUCUGACCAAAUCACACAGUGGCAGGGAGAGGUGGACCGUCUGACAGAACUGCAGAAGGCCAGGCUGGAGGAUGUGAUUGAAAAUGUCCGACAGGAACUAGUGGCCAGCUGGGACAAGUGCAACCUGGGCCCUGAGCAGAGGGAACCCUUCAACGUCCACUUCUGUGACAAUAACUUCACAGAGGAGUUGUUGGCGCUGCAUGAUGCUGCGCUAUUGAAGGUGAAGAAUUAUUACGACCAGGUAAAGCCCUUACUGGAGGCCCUGCAGAAAUGGGAGAAGUACUGGGCCGUCUUCCAGGACUUUGAGAAAAAGGCCAAUGAUCCAAACCGCUUCUCCAACAGAGGAGGAGCCCUUCUUAAAGAGGCCAAAGAGAAGGUCAAAAUUCAAAAGAUGCUGCCAAAGUUGGAGGAAGUGCUGAGGACGGGGGUUGAAGUCUGGGAGAAGGACCAGGGCUCUGCCUUCCUGGUCCAGGGCCAGAGAGUCAUGACCUACAUCUCCAGCCAAUGGGAGGAGCACAAGCAGCAGAGAGGCAAGGAGAAAAGUGAACGUGCCGCCUUGCAGACAUCAAAGAAGGGGGAGAUGACGACUCUAUUCAAAACUCCCACGAAGAGGGCCCAUGGAGGGAUAAAUGGCCCCACCCCCAACAAGAUCAGGAAGCAGACUCCUAGCCAGCUUACCAGGGUGCGGUCAUCCAGCACCUUCAUCAGUAUGCCCAGCAGAAAGCCUCCUCUCUCCCAGGUUCAGAUGCAGAAAACAAGGUCCCUGGAGAGCAGUAGCAGUCAGAGAACACCCCUGCUGGAGUACAACAGUACAGAGAGGAAACAACCUGUUGACAUCAGCUACUCUGACUUCACUAGUGCGCUGUCCAAUAAGACAAGUGACGCUGUUUUCAAUUCGACAGCGAAGGACCCCACAUUUUAAGAGGUGCGUGCACAGUUCACUCCUCAGAGGUUGUGUUCUGUCCACUUGUCACUCCUCUCCUGGCUAUACGGGCGGUGUUUGUAAUGGUCAGUGAGAAUUUCAGGUAAUGCAAGCAUCAACGGACAAGUCUGUGAUGUCUUGAUGCAACUAAUUUUAGCUAGUUGGUGUUGUUGUUACUUUGAAAUCUGACCAAGUUUGCCUCUAUGUAUAGUAAUGCUUUAGACAACCUGUAGGAAGUGGAUAGGUCAAAAGGGAUUCUUAGUAGAACUUGCAACGUAUUGCAAUAGUAAAUGUCAGGUGUGGAUGACACUGUCAUAAAGCCAUGUUUUCCUGUGAUUUAAUAUUCUGCCGUCCAGGGCAGGUAUUGCACAAGUUUUGAUACUUUUUUUUAAAGGUAGAGCCCCUUAGAUGUUAGACAUGCAGUACUAUUCAUUUAAAAUAUUUUACUUUACUUUUUAAUAAAUGUCCUGGUAACACCAGAGGAAGCAUCCUGUUUUGAUACAGACCUUCCAGCAGAUCCACAUACAGCUUUUAAAAAUAUAUUUCUGUUUGUAAAUAUUGCUUUCUUGUAAAGCUACUUCUCUCCGUUUGUUUGUUCUGCACACACUGUCUUGGCAAUGUGUUUUGUCUUGACCCGUGUGCCUUAUGUCAACAUGUGAAUUUUACUUUGUUUCUUUUAUACCUAUUAAUAAAUAUCUAUAUGUCACCUA